AUGGCCCUUAAGAUUGUGUUACUGGCAUUGACGCUAGUUGCGUGCACGCACGCUCGUUUCUUCACAUUUCUCCGACCAGUCAAAAGCGUCGACUCCCACGCCGCUGCUACAGUACCCGCCCAACCCAGACUUGGCUACGAUCACCAUCACAUUACCGAAGAUGAACAUGUCGACUAUUAUGCGUAUCCUAAAUACGUGUUCAAGUACGGCGUGAACGACUUCCACACCGGUGACAUCAAGACACACCACGAGUCCCGGGAUGGGGAUGUCGUUAAAGGUCAGUACACGGUGGUGGAACCUGACGGCUCAAUCAGGACCGUGGACUACACUGCUGACAAACACAACGGUUUCAAUGCUGUCGUUCACAAGACUGCGCCAAUUUCACAGCACGAAGCCGCUCAUCUUAGCCAUUAGUAGAAUAAAACCAUAGCAAAAGUAACAUGUAUUAUCCUUAAGACUCCAACAGUAAUACAAUUUGAUUCAUAAUUAGAAGAGUUAACUGUGUAUUUACAUAAAAUCAACCAAUAAGAUUCCGAUCACUUGGAAAGAAGCAUUGUGAUUGGUGGAUU